AGACCCAGCCAUGCAUCCAGCCACCUGGCUGCUCUCCGUGACGCUCUGUGCCUUCGGGAUGCUCUCUGGACCUCGCUCCAGCCGGGCAGGAGACGCCUUGUUGACAGAGAUGGAGCGAAGGGAUGGGGACCGUUUUACAGAGAGGCAAAACAUUGUCCCUUUCCGGCUGAUCUAUAGCACCAUCGAGGGCAACGAAACGCAACAUGAUGGACUCAACACCCGCAUCGGCGGCGGGAGCUUCGAUGGCAAGCAGUCCACUCAUAUUGCCCGAGCCAGCUUCCAGGUUGACGCGUUUGGAUCUUCUUUCAUCUUGGAUGUAGAAUUAAACCAUGAUCUGCUGUCUUCAGAAUACCUUGAGAGGCAUAUAGAACAUGAUGGGAAGAUGGUGGAAGUUAAAGGAGGAGAACAUUGUUAUUACCAAGGUCACAUCCGAGGGAAUAUAGACUCUUUCGUUGCUCUGUCAACAUGCCAUGGACUUCAUGGCAUGUUCUAUGAUGGGAAUCACACCUAUCUUAUUGAGCCGGAAGAAAACUACAAUUCACAGGAGGAAUUCCAUUUACACUCUGUCUACAAAUCCAGAUUAUUUGAAUUUUCAUUGGAUGAUCUUCCAUCUGAAUUUGGGCACGUGAACGCCACAUCACAGAAGUUCACUGUGAAACCAAGACACAAAAGAAGAAAAAGGCAGGUCCAUCAGAGUCUGCAUAAAAUUGAAGAGGAAAUGAAAUAUGUUGAGCUAAUGAUAGUUAACGAUCAUCUAAUGUUGAAAAAGCACCGUUUAUCAGUUGUCCACACAAACAGCUUUGCAAAAUCGGUCGUGAACAUGGCAGAUUUAAUUUAUAAAGAACAACUCAACACCAGGAUAGUCUUGGUUGCCAUGGAAACCUGGGGUACUGAUAACAAGUUCACCAUAUCUGAAAACCCACUGGUGACUCUGCGUGAGUUUAUGAAAUAUAGGAGGGAUUUUAUCAAAGAGAAAAGUGAUGCAGUUCACCUUUUUUCGGGGAGUCAGUUUCAGAGCAGCCGCAGUGGGGCAGCCUACAUUGGUGGCAUUUGUUCACUUCUGAAAGGUGGCGGUGUGAAUGAAUUUGGAAAGCCGGAUUUAAUGUCCGUUACAUUAGCACAGUCCUUAGCUCACAAUCUUGGUAUUUUCUCAGACAAAAAGAAACUGCAGAGUGGUGAGUGCAAGUGUGAGGAUACAUGGUCUGGAUGCAUAAUGGGAGACACGGGCUAUUACCUUCCAACCAAGUUCUCCAAAUGCGACAUUGAGGAGUAUCGUGAAUUUUUAAAUAGUGGAGGCGGCGCCUGCCUUUUCAACCAGCCUUCCAAGCUCUUUGAUCCCCCAGAAUGUGGCAAUGGUUUUGUUGAAGCUGGAGAAGAGUGUGAUUGUGGUACUACUGCAGAAUGUCUCGCUGAAGGUAGAGAUUGCUGCAAUGCCUGCAGUCUAACUGCUGACUCUCAGUGCAGCAAUGGACUCUGCUGCAGAAAAUGUCAGUUUGAAGCCAAAGGUGUUGUGUGCAGAGAAGCUGUAAAUGAUUGUGAUAUUCCAGAAAGUUGCACAGGAGACUCCAAUCAGUGCUCUCCAAAUCUGCACAAAAUGGACGGGUAUUCAUGUGACAAGGAAAAGGGCAUUUGUUUUGGAGGAAGAUGUAAAACAAGAGACAGGCAGUGUAAAUAUAUUUGGGGAGAAAAAGUGAUCGCUGCUGAUAAAUACUGCUAUGAGAGGCUGAAUAUAGAAGGAACUGAGAAAGGUAACUGUGGCAGAGAGAAAGAUACUUGGAUACAGUGCAAGAAUGAGGAUGUUCUUUGUGGAUAUCUUCUGUGUUCCAAUAUCGUCUCUAACAUCCCAAGACUUGGAGAGCUGGAUGGUGAAAUCACAUCGACGACUCUCCAAUAUUUGGAGAAGUCCUACAUUUGCAGUGGUGCUCAUGUCAGGCUAGAGGAAGAUGCAGACCUUGGCUAUGUAGAAGAUGGGACACCUUGCGGUCAUGAAAAGAUCUGUUGGGAGCACAGAUGCCUUUCUAUGGAUUCUUUUAACUUCAGUUCCUGCCCAGGAAGUAUAGACGGCAACAUUUGUUCAGGACAUGGAGUUUGCAGUAAUGAAUUACAGUGUGUCUGCGAGGAGUUAUGGAUGGGUGCAGACUGUAGCACAGAACUCAAAGAACCAAGAAUUGAUGAAGGUUCUCACAACUCAGGUGUCACUAGCACAAAUAUUAUUAUAGGUGCUAUUGCUGGUACCAUUUUAGUAUUGACUCUAAUUUUGGGCAUAACUGCAUGGGGUUACAAAAACUAUCGAAGACAGAGACAAAUUCCUCAGGGAGAUUAUGUAAAAAAGCCUGGAGAGGCCGACUCCUUUUAUAGCGACAUGCCUCCGGGAGUCAGCACAAACUCUGCAUCUAGUACUAAGAAGAGGUCUGCUUUUCUGUCGCAUUUUCAGAUUUCUACCUGUUCCAUCACACAUUAUUCCAUUAGUCAGAACCUUUCAUUGUUUUGCAGCAGGUCAAACGGAUUAUCUCAUUCAUGGAGUGAAAGAAUCCAAGAUGCAAAGAACCUUUCGGACAUCUGUCAAAAUGGGAGACCAAGGAGUAACUCAUGGCAAGGUAAUAUAGGAGGCAACAGAAAAAAAGUGAAGGGCAAAAGAUUUAGGCCACGGUCUAAUUCAACUGAGUAUUUAAGCCCAUGGUUCAAAAGAGAAUAUAAUGUAGCUAAGUGGGUAGAAGAUGUGAAUAAAAACACUGAAGGACCCUACUUUAGGACUCUUUCUCCAGCAAAGUCCCCAUCAUCAUCUACUGGUUCCAUUGCCUCCAGCAGAAAAUACCCCUACCCAAUGCCUCCACUUCCUGAUGAGGAGAAAAAGGCCAGCAGAGCAGGUGCUAGGCUAUGGGAGACAUCCAUUUAGUUCCACUGUCUACCUGAGCUGACCCCAGAACUGUUUACUUCAGAUUUUUUACAAACUCAGCAUCACUGAGUCACUGAACAUUCAUCUGUUAAACGGACAAUUUGAUGGGACAGAGACGCCGAUCGGCAUGGAGCGACCAAGUUCUCCUGAUGAAAGAAAAGUCCAUUUUCUGCAGCUGGCUAGGAUUUUGUUACUCACAAGUAAAGAACAACCAAACCCGUUAAAAACAGGAAUAUUAACCUGGGAUAUAUGGGACUGAAUAUGAUAAGAUUAUUCCGCAUGAUGACAGAUUAUAUGUAGACGUUCCGAUAAACUAAUUGGAGUCCCAGAUGUGGGUUUUUGUCUGGUCUAACAUAGUCCCAAAUAACUUUUUUAAAAAAGAGUUCAGAAUUUGGUACAUAAUCAUUUAUGCUGGGUGCAUGAACCCUUCUGUUUGCCACUUUCCAUGUAUAAGGGAUUAGUCAUUAUACUGUAGUAGAAUUAGCAUGCAGGAAUAAGAUUUGUUUUUCCACAAGUGGGAUGGAUCCGAAGAAGAAAAUAUUUUUCACAUAAGCAUCCAACAAAAAAGUAACUUUUUUUUAAACGUUUUGUGAUUAUAUUCUCAGUAGAAACUCAUAUAUGUGUAAAAAAAUGUUGUAAAAUAUCAACACUGCAAUUAUACAACGUGGUGGUGGUGGUGGUGGGGUUUGCCUGAAGAAUGCUCAUGAUUGAACAUCACACAUCAAAGAAUCAGAAGGGUCAAACUAAAUGUGACACGGGAGAUUCAUGAGUAGGGAAGGGAUGCAGUUCAGGGGCAGGGGUGUCGCGUGCAAAAGGUCCCACGUUCUAUCCUUCAUGUCUCCAAUUGGGAAAGACUCCCAUGUGAACCCAUAGAGAGCUGCCACCAGUCAGGUAGACAGUAUUGAACUAGAUGGACCAAUGCUCUGAUUGAGUAUAAGACGCCGUCCUAUGAUGUCUGGCGGAGUUGUUUUUUCAAAUUUUAAUAGCUGCCGCAGGGG